AUGGUCCUUGAAGCGGUGAUGGUCGUUGUCGACAACAGCGAGAGCAGUCGCAACGGCGACUACCAACCGACGAGAUACGAUGCCCAGGCCGAUGCUGUCAACGUCAUUUUUCAGACCAUUACCAACGGCAAUCCCGAGUCCUCAGUUGGCUUGAUGAGCAUGGGAGGGAAAGGCCCCGAGGUGUUGGUCACCCUCACGACAGAUCAGGGAAAGAUCCUCGACGGUCUGCACCGCACGAAGACCAAGAUCAAGGGAACGUCACACCUGGCUACGGGCAUUCAGGUUGCUGGCCUCGCCCUGAAGCAUCGUCAGAACAAGUCUCAACGGCAACGGAUAAUUGUCUUCGUCUGCUCGCCCAUCGAGGAGGAAGAGAAAAAGCUGGUUCAGCUGGCCAAGAAGAUGAAGAAAGGCAACGUUUCGGUCGACUUCGUGUUGUUUGGCGAUCUGGACAACGAUGACACGCAGACGAAGUUACAGGCGUUUAACGAGAGCGUCAAGGGCAGUGAAGGCUCUAACCUAGUUGUCAUCCCCCCGAGCAGCAAGCUUCUCAGCGAUCAGCUUAUCUCGAGCCCGAUUCUGCUUGGUGACUCCGCGGGUGGUGGCGGCGGCGGCGGUGGCGGUGGCGGCGGCGAGAGCAGUGGCGGCAACUUUGGCGAGUUCGACUUUGACCCCGCCAUGGAUCCAGAGCUCGCCCUUGCGCUGCGCAUGAGUAUGGAAGACGAGAAGGCACGGCAGGAAAAGAAGGCACGCGAAGAGGCUGAGGCCGGACAACAGGGAUCGCUUGAGGACAUCAAAGAGGAGGGCGAGAAUGCUCCGCUCAUCAACAAGGACGGCGAGUCGAGCAAGAAGAAUGACAAGAAAGACGACGACACUAUGGACACCUCGUAA